UUUCAAAAAUAGGCUAUAUAUUCCACAUUUACGUACGUAUGUGUGAGGUUUUAAUAGUAACUAUGUUUCAAACAAAACGCUCAGCCAGUGAGGGCUUUUUCCAUGAGGCUUCCCACCUGUUUCCUGCUAUUCUUCCACAGGAAGCUCCGGGGGCUACACUUCUUCUCCCCGAGAGCAGAGCUCGAGUCCCGCUGAACACACCCAAACACACGCUCCUCUGCGGGACUCUCAAUACUAUGAGCUUGCCCUCGUGUGUUACCAUUACACCCUACAGGAAAUCGACCUGGACAUGCUGGUUUAUACCUCAGCAAAAUACAUUAAGAUACAACAAUUAUAUUGUAAUUAUUCCCAGAUAUAUGGAUUGAACGUCAUUUGGACUUAGCCAUGGAGAAACUGCUCUUUUUUCUCAUUCCCCUGAUUACAUUUUCAUCCAUCAUCUCAGCAGGAAAUGACACAAACCUCACAAGUCCCACACCUCCAAGCACAGUUUUUUCACCUACAAACUCUGUUAAUUUAACAGAAGCAGCGCAACAGAUUGAAAAUUCAACUACAUAUGACGAUGACAUAAGCAACCAGACCUCAAAACCGACAACUGUUCAAUUUUCCAGAAGCACAGGAGAGUCCACCAGCAGCUCCAGUUUUAUAAGAUCCACAACUCCAACAACGAUAUCAAAAUUCUACACCGACACAUCGCUAAAUGGAGUCUCAGCAUCAGCGACCAAAAUAACAGAGGCUGUUUCUUCAACGACAGUUUUUUCCAACAUCAGCAUGUCAGAGGCAACAGCGACUCCUUCACCAGCAGAAAGCAGACUCACUUUACUAGCCUUUGGUGUGAUGAGUCUCAUACUGAUUUUGAUUGUUGUUAUGGUGAUCUUGGUCGCCGCUGUCAACCUCAAGGGACGCUGUUGUAGAAACACCCAACAACACGAGAGUAUUAAAAACCGUGAUUCUUUGGUGUCUGACAGCAACCUGACCAGCAAUGGGGAGAAGGAAAACAUCACUCUUGUCUCUGUGAGGACAAUAAACACAGAAUACAAUGCAGAUUCUCCCCAGAUUUCUUCAGUUCACAGCACUAUAGUGGACAAUGAUGACCAUGAACUUUCCAGAGACCAGCUGAUUUCACUGGGUUCAUGAUGCAUGGAGAUUGGAGGCUGUGUGCUUAUCUGAUUUAUUUGUAAUUUUGGCUGAAUGUGGAUUAUUGCGCCUUUAGUUGAUGGUUAUUGAACACAUCAUGCUCAUGAUGUACAUUGGUGCAAAUCAAAUCAUCAUUAUACCUGCAGGGCUUUCAUUUAUUGAAAAUGACACAUGCUUCAAUAUUCUGCAAAAUGUCACUUUUUGUGCUCCUCUUUUUCAUAUAAAGCAGUGCAUUUGUGACUCUGAACCACAAAACCAGUCAAAAGGUUGUUUUCAGAAAAUCUGAAAGUUGAAUAAAUAAGUUUACCUUUGAUUUACGGUUUGUUAAGAGAGGACAAUUUCUGGCCGAGAUACAAUUUGAAUAUCUACAAUCUGAGGGUUAAAAAAA